AUGUCCAGUACUUUUAUUGGAAUAGUCUUUCUUUUGAACAUAGGAUAUGUGUAUUCUCAUACACGUAGCGUUCGAGAAACAAAAGAUCUUGAUUCAACAUUGAAAAAGCCGAUUCUCAACGCUUUAAUGGAAAGAAUAGAAGUUGACAGUAGUUGGGAAGAAUCAAUGCUCGUUGCACCUAUGACAAUACAGUUAUUAGCACAGUUACUUAUUGUUUCGAGCACAAAGGAAGUAUCUCUUCGUGCAUUUUCACCAAAUCGUACAUUUACUUAUAUUCAACGUCCGGAUUCGUUUCGAGCCACACUUUUACAAGUGUCACAUGAAAGCUACAAAGCAUUUCUGAGCGGUGAUUCAACGAUGCACGUGAUCCAGCUGAGAAUGCUUCAAAUACCAAAGCAUAUCAGAACUGCACUGAAACUUCUUGCUGGAAAAUAUCCACAACCUACUUUAGCUCGUUUAUUACCCAGGGUCUUGAAAAAUAUUGAAGAUACCGGCAAUGAAUGUGUCGCAGAAACAAACAAGACAAGGAGAGAAUUCGAGCGAGUAAUGGACCUUCUUGCAGAAGUGAUUCAGUCCACAGCAGAAACAGAAAGCAAUCAUAAACAACACGUGGAACAAAAUGAAAGAGAAAUGCAAGUACUGCGCGUGCAGAAGGAAGGCCUGGAGAAACAAGAGAAAAUACGCGCUGAAUAUCAUAAACAAGCGACUGAAGCAGCGAAUAGAGCUGAAUCAGUCUAUUACAAAGCCUUGAAUGAUAUACCGACGGGAUACAAAGCUAUACUACGGGAUUUCGUUGGUGGCAUGCUCAAAACCGUAAAUUUAGCCGCCGAAUCCGCUGCUUUCAUGUUGAGUGGUUUCACAGGAAGAAGAUCAUCGGGUUCUUCGGCUGGUGGCGCUGCAGGAUUCGUAGGAAAUAAUGGAGGCCAAACACCNGCAGCGAAUAGAGCUGAAUCAGUCUAUUACAAAGCCUUGAAUGAUAUACCGACGGGAUACAAAGCUAUACUACGGGAUUUCGUUGGUGGCAUGCUCAAAACCGUAAAUUUAGCCGCCGAAUCCGCUGCUUUCAUGUUGAGUGGUUUCACAGGAAGAAGAUCAUCGGGUUCUUCGGCUGGUGGCGCUGCAGGAUUCGUAGGAAAUAAUGGAGGCCAAACACCACUUUCGUUUGGUCUAAGUGAAACGCUUGCCAUGGCUGACAAAUUUUCCAAUACAUUAACACGGUUCAAAAAUUCCUUCUUCAAAAACAAUUCAAACAUUAAACAAUUAGAAAGUUACGGUACCGCAUUUAAAAUGUUUCGCGAGUUCAUAGCGGAUUUACCAGAUAAUUCGGCGAAGUCGCGGGUACUUGAACUAAUCAGUCGUAGUGAACAAGUUGCAAAACAAGCAGUUGUUAAUGCUAAACUAGCCAAUUCCAAUAAUGAGACUAACACAGAGCUAGAAGAUGAAUUGACUACACUCGUUCAACAAUCUACAACGUUUCAGGCUGCGAAUCAGUUUUCGGAUCCCAGAAUGGCAUCGCAAAGUCUCUCCACUGUUGGAAAUGGUAAUGGUGCAAGCGACUCGUCUCAAAAUGAAAUUUUCAAAGCACAAAUAGCGCAAAGUACCAUGACAGAAUUGCGCCGUCGUCAAGAUGAACAGGCCGCUGAGUACAUGAAAUUGCUCGACCAUCUGCACAAAACACAAGCGAGAAUGGUGUCACUCGAUCUGACAACUAUGCAUUAUAAAGAGAUCAUCGCCAUGUUAAAUGAAGCAUUUAAAUUGCUCAGUCGAAUCGAUGAACAAUGGAAAAAAUUCGUACAUUUCUUUACGAAAAUGUCCAUUUAUAUCACUGAUAUGAUUAAAGGUCCGUUGAGACGAUUUCUCCAAGUGGCAGGUGAAGGUCAAGAACUAGAACACGCCUUACGAAUGGAUUUGAUCGAUGUACUCAAAGAGGAUACUUUUGGUAUUCAUCGUGAAGCAUAUGUUCUCUAUGUUAUGUCAAAAACCUAUUACGAAGUAUCAAGUAAACAUUUGAUGCGUCGCCUCGAAGGACUUUCAGGUAUGCUUAAUGCUCGAAGUACCGAGGAACGCAUUAUGUUAGUGCAACGUCUCCAAAGUCAAACAAAUGAGACUCUGGAUCAAAUAAAUGCUCUCAUCCGCGAGCGCAAGGAAACAUUCAACCAAGAAUUCAAUAAACGAAAUACAGAACUGACGACGCUCAUCAAUCAUUUGGGUGGACCAAACAUUAAUGCCCAACAAACAAUCGAUGAGGCAAGACGCAUAAUCAGUCAAGAAGCCCCUUCAGGUAAGGAUACUACUGUGGCGAAGAAUCCUGUGGAAGAUGACGAUACUGUGUGGGGUGAUAAAUGA